GAACAUAUUUUAACUGCCUCAGUUGACAAUGCCACUUGAUACUUGCAUUUGAGUUAUUAGAGUUUGGAGUGUUUCAGCUGGAAUAAUUAUUUCAAGUAUAGUGUGAAAAUUAUCAAAUUUUAAAUUUUCAUAUAGCGCAGUGUGACAGUCUCAACAAUGAAUAGACAAGAAAUACAACGUAAUAUAUUUUACUCAGACAGAUAUUAUGAUGAUGAAUAUGAAUACAGGCAUGUUGUCCUUCCCAAAGAGAUGGUUAAAUUAGUGCCGAAAACGCAUUUGAUGACUGAGGAUGAAUGGAGAAGUAUUGGGGUGCAACAAAGUAAGGGUUGGAUACAUUAUAUGACACACUCACCAGAACCACACAUAUUACUCUUCAGAAGGCCCAUCACAUCACCACCACCACCACAAGAAAACUAGUCUAGAAAAUGAGAAAGAUUUGUAUAUAAUGUUUAUAUUGUAUGUUAGUUUGGUGUGAGAGAUUUUUUGGAUUCCACAGUUAUUGUUCCUUUCCAAAUAUCUUCUAAGAUUCAAUCAAAAUUUCUACUGUCUUAUAACCAAGGUGCAACAAUCCCAUUUUUGUUUCAUCUCUACUUUUUUAACAUGUAGGAGGGGGAGUACAUCUAAAUAAUAUGUAUUUGGAAUGGUUAAAAUUUUUACUGUCCAUUCAUUGUACUGUAUUAAUAAAAUAUUAGCUCUUUGAUACUUACCUUAACUAAAUUAGAAAUUUAUUUGUAUUCGUUAGUUUUUUGUAAUUCUGUUAAUGUCGAAUUUAUAUUUACUGUUCCCUUAUUAAUCAGGAAAUUUUUCAAACUACUUGUAUUGAAUAAUAACUAAAAAUAUUCUUGUUUCAAAGCAACAUGUUCAUAUAAUUUUAUGUAAUUUUUUCAUAUUGAAAUUAUGAAUGUCUUCGUACCAUGGGUCAACAAUUAGAACAAUAUUGACAAGCAACAAUGAAUUAAUUUAUUUCAAAUAAUUCAAAUCAAAAUUAAGUUAAAUUGAUACUACUGAUUCAAGAAUUUUUCCCAGUUAAAUAAGGUAGAGAUGUCUUUUUGUAGUAAUCAUCAUUUAGGAGUUAUUUAGUGAAACAUAUUUAGUAGAAUUUAAUAACACUGACCAAACCUCACUCCAUAAUAUGCCAACAGGAAUGAAAUGUCUUGCUUAUUGAAGCAGGCGGAUACAAAUACUUAGUUGAUAUGUUUCUGUGUCCUCGUUUUUACUUACUUUUAUAAAUAAAAUAUUUUGUUAUAAAUUA